GGAAUCGUUUCUUGUGUGGUUAACGCAAUCGGUGGAAAAUUGUGAAAAUUGUGUGGCUAUAUAAAUUGCAAAUAAAAAUAAAAAUUUACAGUGCCUUCUGAAUUUCGUUGUUUUGAGUGUACACAAAAACAAAAUUUGUGCGUUGAAAAUGUCAAAUUGACAUUUUUACCCAGUUGACGGACAGAAGACAGAACUUCAUUUUUUUCUGCUUUGUGAAAAUUAUCGGUAUUUCGUUGUCACUUCUGCUUCUAUUUGACACAUUCAAGACAUUUGAGGAACAAAAAAUGCGUUCUGAAAUUUUCCAUGCCUCCCUUCUGUUGACAAGAGAUGAACGUAUGUCAGCAGUAUCGCCAUCUCGUUCUUUCGCAUUUAGUCGCUGUCAUGCACACAGUCCAUGCGAGUGACAACUGUCAAACGCGUGCCAAUUCAUUUCUUUGAAGUUUAUUGCACGGAAAAAUUUGAAGUUUAAUUAAUCAAAAAUCAAAGGAGAAAUUGACAUCUUGUGUUUUGUAUACAAAUGCUUGUCAAAAGCCACUGGAGCCGGAAAACUACUGUAUGCUACAGAGGCACGGCUGGAGCAAUCUAGGAAAACUAUUGGAUGCAUCAAAGGAACUGUCGACUUGCGGCCCAAAGGCAACUUCGUUAUAAAUUCACUGUAGAAAAAUACUAAAUUAUAUUUAAACGACAAUAUCACUUGAAAUCGUCACACAUCAGUCAAAUAGUAGACGUUUGGCGGCACAUUUAAUUUUUCACUAAAAUUUUUGAUCUUUAUAAAAGGCCUUGCCGAUUCCAACAAUCAGACUUGAAGACAACUAAUUUUUAGAACGAAAAAUUUGCACUUGACUUCAAUUAUUCCUUCUAUCAACACUUGAUUGAGGCAGCACGAUUCGUUUUUAAAAAUGCUUUCGCCGGAUACUUUGCAUCACGAAGAAGUUAAUCUUGCGCUGGACCGACAAGUACGCCAGGAUAUACAAGAUAUGGCACAGGAGGCGCAGAUACAAGCGCAGAUCAUAGCGCACGAAGCGCGCGAUCGCUUUCAAUCCACAUCGAGUGUGGAGGAAGAUGGUCACGAAGAUAUUGAACACGAUGGCGUCACAGUGUUGGGCGUUGUUGAGGAAGAUGACGACGAGGAUGAGCAUCAUGAAACCAUUGUUGAAGAAGAUUUGACCGAACAUGACUUGUCCGACAUGCAUGAUGUCAAAGAUUUUAAAGACAUUCUAAUGGAAUCCAGUGAUGCCAAUACGGAUAACUUGUCAAUGCGCAAGCGACGUGGCAAUUUGCCAAAAACAUCGGUAAAGAUUUUGAAACGUUGGUUAUAUGAACACCGCUACAAUGCAUAUCCCAGCGAUGCCGAAAAGUUUACGCUCUCGCAGGAAGCGAAUUUAACUGUCCUACAGGUUUGCAACUGGUUUAUAAACGCACGACGUCGCAUACUUCCUGAAAUGAUACGACGCGAGGGGAAUGAUCCGCUGCACUUCACGAUUUCAAGACGUGGCAAAAAGCUAAACUCUUCGAUGAACUCCUCAAGCAGCAUUAAUGCAUCAGUUCCAAAUCCUAUCACGGGCAGUCCCGCUUCGGAAGUGAUCGUUGGCGCCACAGAAGAGGUGGAAGGCGAUGAAGUGCAUGAUGGCGUGGCAAAUGUGCUUACGGCGUUGGGUCAUUUCGUUCAAACGCCAAGCGGUCAUAUGGUUAAAGUAGAACCGGACAUAGAGUACGAUGACAGUGUAAUUUACAGAUCUGAAGAUGACAGCGUCAACGAGUACGAUUCUUGCGAGCCGCAAAGUGAGGAGGAAGGCAAAUUUGAAAGCUCAGACGCUUGGCAAAGUGUUAUGAAGACUGUUUUCAGUACCGAGGAAGUAACGACCUCUAGUCCAACUGCAACGAAUAAUACCUACUGGACGACCGCAUCACAACCGCAUACGACGACAGCGCAGACGCAUGCGGUAGGCGUUACGGGAUCAACGACAACAGGUGCUAUUGGCAACAAUGUGAUAUCUGCUGCUAACGUUAAUGCGCUGUUAACACCUGUUGAAUUGACAGCUGAAGCGGGUGUCACAGUUGGCGCCGAGGCUACAGUCGUAACAUCGGGUGCCUCAAGUGCGGCCAAUAUCAAUAAUAACAAUGCGAGUGCAACCAAUAAUAAUCAAAUUUCAUCUAGUGUACAGGUCAUACAUCCUGGCAGUCAUUUGGUGAAAGGCGUCAUACGCGACGAUAAAGAUAAAUUCAAGUGUCUGUACCUGCUGGUGGAAACGGCAGUGGCCGUACGCCAACGAGAAAAGGAACAUGAAGAUGAAGAUGUACAUGUGCUUGGAAACUAAUUGAAAUUAAAAAUGCAAUCAGCUGGUAAAAAUUAGUUUUGCACACAUAAAAUCAUGCGUACCAGCUGCUAACUGCAAAUGUAACCCUUUAUGGAAUUUGAAAAACGAAGAAAUUAGUUUUGGAACAGGAAUUCUAGAUUUUUCACCAUCGCUUGAGUUUUCUCAUUUAUGUAUGCCGUUUGAUAAAUGCUAGCUACUAUAUAUACUCGAAACAAUAUUGUAUUAACUGCUUUAUUUGCUUUUAGCUAGUCUUCAACACUUUUCUUUACACGCAUAAUAUCGACAAUUAUUUCACCUUCACUUUUAACCAAAAAUGCAAUAAUUGUUAAAUGUUCAAAAUGAAUUCUAUUAAAUGCGUAUUACAUAUAACUUUUUCAUUUGAAGAAAUUCGAAUGCUUUUGUUUUUCCAAAAUAUACAGCACAUACAGCAGAACUUUAAGGAUUUAUUGCUUUUCUUAUUUUAUCGUCCUUAAUGCAAAAUACCCUAUUUGACACUUUUUCGGAAAUGCGUUUUUUACAUUCAUAUUUUGCUACUUUUUUUCAACUACGAGAUUCGUUGGCAUUCUUAGAUCAGCCAUACAUAUCAGCAUUUUUUAUGUUAAUUUAAAAAGCUUUUGGCACUGAUGGUGUUGAUAUGUACAUAGUACGCCGUUAAAGUAGUAGUAGUUCUGCUGUCAAGUUCACUUAUCUUAAAGAGUUCUUCUUUUUUAAAUAAAUAUUGCUGAAAAUGCCUUUAGUUUGCCCCUACUAAUUUUUUGAUGCUCUUGAUAGCAAACAAAAUACUGCACUUAACCCUCACGAAAAUCGCCUACCACAGAGCGAUUAGAUACUGCAUGACAUUGGCUCUUUAAAUUAUCUAUUUAGUUGAUUCAUUUGCUGAUUAAACUCACUAUUUUGUUGAAAGAGCCCUUUGAAAGUUGAAAAAAUUGUAUGACGGCAGUGGCAUCGUUAGAAGACUCGUUCAUUAUGCAUAAAUAGCCAAAAGAAAAUAUAUUAUGAAACUAUUGAAAACGGGUUUUUAUUUAAGAAAUAUGAUUUACAUGUAAUUAAUUAAUGGCUUACCAUGUUUUAAAUUAACUCGAGGAUGCCCAAUUUUUUUCUUUUAAAUAAUGUUACGCGGCGUAUAUCCUAGCCUUUCUCUUAAACAAGCCUAUUUAAUAUUUAAAAACAGAAAUGAAAUUAGAAGGGAAAUGUACCAUAAUUAAAGAUUUUAACUUACAAAUUAGCUAAUAAGGAAUUUAUUUAAGUGCACGCACUUGAAAUGCAAGUUAUAUGAGCGCAGUUAAAAAACUAAAAACUUGUAUUUAAAAAAAAAAAAAAAAUAUAUAUAUGCAUCAUUCUAGUGCGUUUCGCCAAUUAAAAAAAAUAAACUUUUUGUACGGUUCAAUCAAGAAUUAAGCGUAGCUAUUAAGGCUUUCUUUUUAAUUGCUAAUUUUCAAAUUUAUAGUUUUUCGGUUCUACGUCAUAGCUACAUAUAGUGUCUCAAAGCACUUUGAUCCAACUGUUUGCUUUCAACUGCAUAUUGAUGCUCGUCUGCAAUAAUGACACAGUUAAAAA